AUGACCUUGCUUUUCUUGCUUUCAAUCUUGGUCCUUCCAAUGUACAUUACAUCACUACUAUGUCACAAUGAAGAAAGCUUGGCAUUGCUGCAAUUCAAGCAAAGUUUUGUUAUUGACAAGUCAGCUUCAUCUUAUGCCUCUGCUUAUCCAAAGACGAUAUCAUGGAAUCAACAAGGAGGGAAUCCAGACUGCUGCUUGUGGGAUGGUGUGGUGUGUGAUCAGCACAUCGGCCGCGUCACUAACCUUGACCUCAGUAGCAGCUGCCUCUAUGGUUCUAUCAAUUCCAGCAGCAGCCUCUUCAGUCUACGCCACCUUCAGAGGCUUAACCUCGCGGACAAUCAUUUCAACUCCUCCCAAAUCCCGUCUGAGUUUGGCAGUUUUCCAAGGCUAGCUCAUCUCAAUCUUUCCUCCUCCAGAUUCCAUGGCAAGAUUUCAUUAGAAAUAGCAGGGUUGAGUAGAUUGAGAUCUCUUGAUUUGACAGGAGAUUCAGGUACAUCUGAAUCAAAAAUGCUAGAGCUCACAAGUCCUGACCUGACAUGGUUAGUUCAAAAUUUAACUCAUAUUGAGAAACUGCAUCUUGACAAUGUAGACUUAUCUGCUGCAAUCCCUAAAAAGGUUGCAAAUUUGUCUUCAUUGUCUUCUCUUAGUCUCUAUAAUUGUGGCCUGCUUGGCAAAUUUCCAAUGGGAAUUUUUGCACUACCAAAUCUACAGUUUCUCAAUGUGGGGAUGAAUGACGAACUUGUUGGUCAUCUGCCUGAAUUUCACUGGGGCUCUCCUCUUAAGUUUUUAUUGCUUCCAAUUACAAAAUUCUCAGGUGGACUACCUCCUUCAAUAGGUAACCUUCAUUCCUUGAUUGCAUUGGAUAUUGUUAGUUGCAAUUUUUGGGGCCCAAUCCCAUCUUCCCUCGGUAAUCUUAGCAAGAUCACCUACCUCAAACUCGGUGAGAAUAACUUCUCUGGCCAAAUCCCUUCUUCAUUGGCAAACCUUACAGAGCUUACCUCUUUCUCAAUUUCAGGCAAUGAUAAUUUUAAUUGUGGGUCAUUGUCAUGGCUUGAAAAGCAAACCGAAUUCCUUCAGUUGGACCUUGAGAAUUGCAAAAUGAGUGGUGAAAUCCCUCACUUUGUCAAAAACUUCACUCAACUCAAUCAUUUACUACUCACCUCUAACCAUUUAAGAGGUCAAAUUCCACAUUGGCUAACAAACCUCACUCGGUUAACCAUCUUAGACCUUGGUUAUAAUGAAUUCCACGGCCCUUUUCCUCAUCAAAUUUCCGAACUUGUGUAUCUUGAAGCUAUUUAUUUAAGGGGAAAUCACUUGAGCGGCAUUGUUAAUCUAAACCCAUUUUUCAACCUCCAACACAUGAAAAGGGUUGAUAUAUCAGGGAAUGAUUUUACAUUGCUCCAUGUGACCAAUGCAAACGCCACUCUUCGAAAGCUGCAAGUGCUAGCACUCGGCUCGUGCAACUUGAGGGAGUUCCCUGACUUCCUUAGGUACCAAGAUAAAUUGGAGAUCUUGAAUCUUAUCGGAAAUAAAAUCCACGGCAAGAUUCCGAGCUGGUUAUGGAACAUAAGUAGAGCAACUUUGGAGGUUGUUGUACUUGGUUUCAAUUCUUUGACUGGCUUUGAGCAACCUGAAUUGAUAUCACGUCUUCAUAAUCUAAAAGUCCUAAUGGUACGUGGUAACAAGAUCCAAGAUCCAGUCCCCAGACCACCACCUUCCAUUCACGACUACACCUUCUCAAAUAACAGUUUCAGUGGAGAAAUUUCUGCAACCUUCUGCAAUCUACCUUACGUGUAUGCCCUUGAUUUGUCAUUCAACAACUUGAGUGGCAUGCUUCCACAAUGUUUGUUCGACAAGGUGAACAAUUUGAACAUUUUAAAUCUUGAACAAAACUUCUUCCACGGAACCAUUCCUGAAACAUUAACGAAUGGAAGUAAGUUGAGGAUGAUCAACUUAGGUCAUAAUGCACUGCAAGGAACAUUACCGAGGUCAUUGACUAAUCAUAGAAUGUUAGAGUUUCUAAAUCUUGGCGACAAUCAGAUUAGUGACACAUUCCCCUUUUGGUUGGGAGCUAUGCAUAAUCUGCAGGUCCUCAUCUUAAGAUCCAACAAAUUUUUUCGUGUAGUUGGAAGCCCUGCAACAGGUUUCGAAUUCUCAACGUUGCGAAUCAUUGACAUCUCCAACAAUGGUUUCACCGGCAUUCUACCAUCUAAGUACUUUCAGAAGUGGAAUGGCAUGAGAAAUUUUGAUGUGGAUCACUUUUCGUAUAUGGCACAAAAUACGACCUUGGUUAAGAAAGGUGUUAGCAUGGAAUUUAGUUUCGCGUCACAACAAAUUUACAAUUAUCAGCUAACUUUGGUUAACAAAGGUGUCAACAUGGAUUAUAAGAAGAUACCAAAAGUCCUUGCAGCUAUCGAUCUUUCAAGCAACAAAUUUGAAGGGGAGAUCCCCGAAUCCAUUACAACUUUGAAGAAUCUCCUUUUUCUUAACCUUUCCAACAACUUCCUCUCGGGCCACAUCCCAUUGGGUAUAGAAAACCUCACAGUGCUCGAAUCAUUGGAUUUUUCGAGCAACAGGCUUUCAGGAAAUAUUCCACUGGAGCUCGCACAGCUCACAUUCCUUUCAUUCUUUAAUGUCUCUUGUAAUCAGCUCAUAGGUCCUAUUCCACAAGGAAAACAAUUUGCUACAUUUGAGAACAAUUCAUACAAAGACAACUUGAGAUUGUGUGGGAAGCCAUUGUCUAAGUUAUGUGGAAAUGCAGGGGAAUUGCCUCCAUCACCUUCGACUGGUGAAGAUGAUCAGGGAUUGGGUGGUUUUUCAUCAUAUGUUUUGUGGAUGGUGGUUGCAAUAGGAUAUGCAAGUGGACUGGCUGUUGGAGUUGUCGGCGGACAAAGAUUCACCGCAUCGAAACAUGAAUGGUUUGUGGAAACGUUUGGCAGGAGGCAACAAAAUAGGAGAAGGAUUAGAAGAAGGAGACAGAGAGUUUGA